UUUCUCACGCGGCACAGUUGCCAGAAGAGAACGAUGGCGGGAAAGGAGGUCGCCGGCGAAGGUUUGUCGGCGAACAUCGCUGGAAUGUCGAAGAAUCAGCUCUACGACAUCAUGUGUCAGAUGAAGAAGCUGAUGGAGCAGAACGAGAAACAAGCUAGGCAAAUUCUCAUUCAAAACCCUACCUUGGCCAGAGAUCUCUUUCAGGCACAAAUAAUGCUUGGGAUGGUGCAGCCAACACAGUCGACGAGCACACCAACUCCUGCAACACAAAGUACGCAGCCAUCACCAUCUCAUGUUCAGCAGUCAAGUAAUCAGGCUGUUCCAGCAGUGUCUGCACAAUCAGGUUUGCAGGACCAAAUGAGAAAGCAGCACCAUAGCCAACCUCCAUUAUCAAUGUCAUCUUCGAUUGCUCCUUCAUCAAACCUUCAACCCCCCUCAUUGCCAUCUCAUCCAUUACAGCAAGUACAACAACCAAAAGGACAUGCUAGUGCCCUAUCAGCACCAAUGUCACUGCCACAAUCAGCUCAAGCUCCUAACAUGCCACCACUUCCUCAUCAUUCUGCCGCACAGCCACCGCCACAUAUUCAAUCUCACAUGCCCUCUGCCCCUACUCAGUUGGACCAAUCAAUACAAACUAGUGGCAUUCAGCACCUGCCACUGCAGCCACCACUACCACCGCAGAUGAGACCUUCAAUGCAAUCCUUCCCUCAGCAAAUUCACCACCAGAUGGGGCCCAAUGUGGGAUUUCAGCAGUCUGGCAGUCAGAUGCACCAUUCACAACCCAUGUUUCAUGCAGCUAAGCCUCCCGCAGCAAUGGGCCCUUCAUUUAUGCAAGGACAGCCACCACAUCCAAAUCAGCCACCUCCCCAGUCACUAUAUCAGGCGGGAAGUUCACACAUAAGAAGUGAUUUCAAUCAAGUUGGAAGCUCCAUGCCAGCAGAUAGAGGCUCUCCUUGGAUCCCUGGCCUACCAGAGAAUGCACCUACAGGACAACUUCCCGGACCGCCACCACCAUUCCCCAGCCAAAUGGGCCCUGGAAAUCAGCCUGCUCGACAACCAGCAUUGACUCCGGAGAUGGAACAGGCCCUUCUUCAGCAAGUGAUGAGUCUCACGCCGGAACAGAUUCAUUCAUUGCCUCCAGAGCAAAGGACUCAAGUUCUUCAGUUGCAACAGAUGCUGCGUAAAUGAGACCCAAAGUGGCACCCCUACACUCUUGCUGCAAUACUGCCGCAUAAUGAACUUGUUUGUAUUCAGAAUUAGGGUCUAUGAUUUGAAAUGUUCAUUUAAGAUCAACCCGGACUUAAGGUUUCAAGGCUCUUGUAUUUGUGAUGA